AGGCCCAUAUAUUAUUACAGCACUCUCUUUUAUCUUCCCCCGACAGAUGAUUUUGGGGAUAGUUCAAAACCCUAACUGCGAUUUUCGAUUGUUCUUACUGCUGUGACAGUGAAUUCGAGACCGAAACGUCACUCCGCCAUGUCUAGGCGCGUUACGCGAUCGACGACAAGACUUGAUAGAAACUCAUUGACGCUUCCUGUUGAGGUCGUUAUAGAUAUAUUCUUGAGGUUGCCGUUGAAGUCUAUAGCGACAUGCCGUUGCGUAUGCAAGCUCUGGUCCUCCGUGCUCCGCAGCCAAGACUUCACAGACUCCUUCUUGACCAAAUCUUGCGCUCGCCCUCAGCUUCUUUUCGCAUGCUCUGAUUACCGCCACGAGAUACACUUUCUCUCGUCGCCUCAGCCUGAAAAUCCGGAAGACAACUCGCAUGUUGUAGCCUCCAAUCACCUCGCGCGUUUCCCAACUUCCUAUGGCUUAUUGGGUUGUACCAACGGCUUCUUCUGUUAUGGAGCUAGACAGGGCAAGAACAAAGCAGUGAUUGUCACGGUGAUAUGUAACCCCAGCACAGGACAGUCCUUGAUAUUACCAAGAUUGAACUCGAAAGACAAGUAUAGAGUGGAAAGCUAUCUUGGAUAUGACCCCGUUGCGAAAGAGUUCAAGGUAUUGUCUGUAUGUGAUGAUGGUAAGGAGCACCAUGUUCUGACAUUAGGAACCAAGAAACAGUCAUGGAGGUUGGUCGAAUGUUGCAUCCCACAUCGUUCUUCAAGUAAGUGGAUAUGCAUCAGUGGCGUUUUGUACUAUAUAGCUACAGAAUCUGGGUCUUCUUCAGGAGCAUCUAUGGUAGUUUGUUUUGAUUUGGGGUCUGAGAAGUUCAACUCUGUGAAACUCUUGGGAGGUUUCGGUAAAGCAAUGCCUCUUUCAGCAACUAUGAUAAACUACAAUGGCAGAUUAGGUUUGCUUAUGGCGUCGGAAGAUACUAGUUAUGUUUUUCGAACGUGUAAACGUUUUAAGCUGUGGGUUCUUCGAGAUGCUGCAAAACAUGAGUGGUCCAAGCAUGUUUACGUAUUACCACCACUGUGGAAGGAUGUAGUUGUGGAUAGAAUGUGUAUUGCUGGAAUGGUUGGUGUAAAUGAAAUCGUUUUGGCCCCCUGGUUCCAGUACGUGCCUUCCUAUGUUAUCUACUACAAUGUGGAGAGCAAGACGAUCAGAAAAGUUGGAAUCCAAGGAAUGGAGGCGCUUCAGGGUAGGAGAUUAAACACCUAUCUCAACUAUGUUGAGAAUGUGAAGCUUCUUUAAGCAUUUCAAGUGACAUCAAGUGUAGUAUUCAUUUGGAGUGUUUCUUUUCUUUUUUUUUUCUCUAGCGUCUUCGUUUAAAAAUCUACCUCUUGUAGAAGAUUCAACCAGGGUAUGAUAGACAAUCUUCUUGUUACAAAAAUGCUGUAACAGAGAGAGCCCAAGUUUGCUUAAGCUUGCCAGAGAAUGAUGUUUGUCCAGACCCUUGUAGAUGAUAUGAUAAAUCACAAGUUGUA